CAGAAGAAGGGGCACCUGUACAUCCUAGGCUGGGGGACGCUGGGACUGGUGGGGAUCAUGGACGCCGUGGAGUGUGGCCCCUCUUAUAAUACAGAUUGGCGAGACGUUCGGGGCUUCAUUCAUGGAGGAUACCAGACUCUGGAGAACCAGGAGGGGGAGCUGACGCCACAGGGUCCUGAAUUUGCCAUCUCCCAUGAGGAUUUUGUGAAGAGCGUCCUCCCGUCAGUGUCUGAGACGGACACCAUCAUCUUCCUUUUCACUCUGGACGAUGAAGUCACCGAAGUGGAGAAACUGGUGGAAUUGGUAAAAGAGAAGACGUCAAACAUCCACGCCAUAUGCCACGCCACCGCUGGACAGUACCUGCUGAACUCGACCAAGAAGGUGAUUCCGAACCCGAUCAUUAUCACGUGGCCCAUCCUGUUCCUGGAGUACGAGGGCGCCUUCAUCCAGCAGACGUUCCAGCGGGAGCUGAGCAGUAAGUGGAUCCUGGACACGGUGACCAGCGGAGCCCACGUUCUUAAAGGAAAGAUUUACCGCAACUUUAUUGUGGAUUUCAAGAUCUGCAAUUCCAAACACUUCCAGAGGGCAGCGUCGGUGCUGCAGCGUCUGAGCGGGCACCCCCAGUGCCGCUGCAUCGAGACCCUGCUCCAGUCCAUCUAUGGAGAACAGACCCUGAGCGAGCAGAUAAGGAACGCAGAGACUGCGCAGCACAUCAGGGCCGCCGCGUCCAGGGACAAGGUGCUGCCGGCAGCCAUUGUGUCGUUGCUCCGUAACUGUUCGGUGGUGGAGGCCAGGGCACGUCUGGAGUCCUUGGAGAGUGCCCGGGCGGCCAUCGAGUCCUCUCUCAAUGUCCCAGGAAGGAAGCGGGGGGCCGAGAGCUCAGAGAUGGCGGGGCGCAGCCGAUAAACAUUUUACCUUCUUUAUUUUCUAGAAAAAUUCUGUAUAUUUCCAUUUUUUGUAUCGUUAUUAAAACUGUGAAU